AUGCUAAUAUUAAAUAAAAUUGUUUCUCUUGUUGCAUUACAGGCCCCUGGAUUUGGAUUUGGUAUUGCAAUAUCUGGAGGAAGAGAUAAUCCUCACUUUCAGAGUGGUGAGACCUCAAUAGUUAUUUCUGAUGUGCUGAAAGGAGGCCCAGCAGAAGGACUGCUACAAGAAAAUGACCGUGUUGCAAUGGUUAAUGGAGUUUCAAUGGAUAAUGUUGAGCAUGCAUUUGCUGUUCAGCAGCUGAGGAAAAGUGGGAAGAAUGCCAAAAUUACUAUCCGAAGAAUGAAGAAAAUUCAGAUUCCAGUAGCUCGACAGGAGCCUGAGCCAGUGUCUGAAAAUGAGGACGAUAGCUAUGAUGAAGAGAUACGGGAUCCAAGAUCCAGCCGUGGUGCUUCCAGUGCCAACAGAAGGCAUGAGAAGAGCUGGGUACGAGACCGAAGUGCAAGCAGAGAAAGAAGCUUAUCACCAAGAUCUGACAGAAGAUCAGUUACUUCCAGUCAGCCUGCAAAACCUACCAAAGUAACGUUGGUGAAAUCAAGGAAAAAUGAAGAAUAUGGUCUACGGUUGGCAAGCCACAUAUUUGUGAAAGAAAUAUCACAGGAUAGCCUUGCAGCAAGAGAUGGCAAUAUUCAGGAAGGAGAUGUUGUUCUGAAGGUACAGUAAAUUGUGGUGGUGGUUGUCCAAAG